CUUUUUCUGUUACUCUGCAUCAUCAUCAGUUCACAAACCAAACCAACCCAUUACUAUUCUAUCACACCAAACCCAGAAAAAAAAAGCAUUUUUUUUUCUUUGGGUCCUCACAACUUUAGUCAAUGGAAAACUCUGUCUACAAGCACCAUCACCUUAGGAGACUGGUCACUUUCCCAUCAUCAUCAUCAUCAUCACCAUCAUCUCAACUCUCAUCUUUAUCCAAACCCCACUUGAGAUUCUUCUCCAUCUUGCCCAGAAAACUUGUGGGUAGCCCUUGUUUGUGCCUUAAGGGAAGACCCAUGAAGGUCAAAGCCAGUGCAGGAAGGAGACACUGUGAGUUCAGCAGCCUCAAUUCACCCCUUGAACCAAGGUCUAUGGUGGGAAAAUUCCUCAGUGGUGUGUUGCAAAACCACCCCCAGUUGUUCCAUAACGUAACCAUGGAAGAGCUUAGGCUCUUGAGUGAUGAUAGAGAUUCUGCUGUUGCUCGCAUGUUGCUCAGCCAAGGCUCAGAUGAAGCCUUGCUUCACAGGAGGAUUGCACAAGUAAGAGAGAAUGAGUGUAAGAUUGCGAUAGAAGAUGUUAUGUAUUUGCUGAUUUUAUACAAGUUUUCUGAGAUCAGGGUCCCUUUGGUUCCAAAGCUUUCUAGUUGCGUAUAUAAUGGAAGGCUAGAGAUAUUGCCUUCUAAGGACUGGGAGCUAGAAUCUAUUCACAGCUUGGAGAUUUUGGAUAUCAUAAAGGAACACGUCAGAACUGUAACGGGAUUGAAAGCAAAUUCUAGCGUAAAUGAUAGUUGGGCAACAACUAAAAUUAGAAAAAUCUGGCUUGCUAGAGUCUAUGUUGCCUCCAUAUUAUAUGGUUACUUUUUGAAGUCAGUUUCAUUGAGAUACCACCUAGAAAGAAGUCUAUCUUUGUCUAACCGUGAUCUUCAUGUUGGUCAUAAGACUGGCCUCUCAUUUCGUGAUUCGUGUCCUUAUGGAUCCAAAGAUGUGAUCUUUGACAACAAGGGUGACAUAAAAUCUGUGUGGCAAGGUUUAAUCAGGGAGGAAGAGGAAAUUGAUGAUUUGAAAUGUUAUGUUAUGGGGUUUCACCCAGGGUCAUUGCAGAAAUGUGCUAAACUAAGAUCUGAGGAAGCUGUGCAUUUGGUAGAGAGUCAUAGUCAUGCACUUUUUGGGAAUGAGGGUUCUGGUUUGUUUGAGCAUGAUGAUGUUAUUUUAACUUCAUUUUCUAGUUUGAGGAGGCUAGUGUUGGAAGCUGUUGCUUUUGGAUCUUUCCUGUGGGAAACAGAAGAUUACAUUGACAAUGUUUAUAAACUUAAAUAUCAUGAAGUAGUGUAAAGGAACAUGUUGCUAAAUGAAUUCCAACACUGUUGGGCGAAUUCUCUUUGUAUAUACAGUGAGUUUUGUUCUUAGCUUUUGAGCUUUGGGUUAAUUUUGUGUAGUAUAGCCUGCGUUAACCCUGAAUAAUGUACAGUUUUAACACUUGGUUGAUUAGUGAGAUAGACUUUUCAAUAGUUACAAAGUUGUUCACUGUGUAUG